GAGGGAGUUGUCAGCCAAUGGAAGGAGAGGGAGGUGGAGCCGGUUGCUCCCGUGCAGCGGAAGAGACGCUUGUUCCCGGGCGGCGCUCGCGGGAAGCUGCAGUUCCAGGCAGGGAGUCGCGAAGUUUGCGCGCGCGGGGGGAGCCGCUUGUGCGGGAGUCCUUCCUGGCUGCAGUUCUUGGCGUCGGGUGCGAGGAUGAGCGAGCAAGAGGAAGAAGCGUGAUCUACAGAGGUGGGAUUCUCAGUUCCCAUGUUGUGAAAGCUGUUCCCUGUCUUCUGGAACAGAAGGAAAUGGGGUCUCCUGAAGCAGCUAAGAGGAUCCUCCCAGCGUGGAUGACAAAGAGGGUGACUGAGCCAGCACAGCAAGUAGGGAUGAAGCCAAAGAGAAGGAAGAAGGCAGCUUUGGCAAAAUUUGAGACUAUCUAUUGUAUGAAUGAAGCUGAGCUAGUAGAUGCAGCUCUUUGCAUUAUGGCUGAGAAUUGCAUGGCCAAGGAAGCUGAGACAACUUCAUCAGAUGAAUCCCAAGAGCCUGAACAAAUGCUGGAAAAUCCUGUCUGCAGUUCAGUUAGUGGCAGCCACCAAGGCAGAAGAACCCCCAAUGUUGGAUCCAAACCCCCAAAGGAGUUGAAGGAUUUAGGCUGCAGUGAGAAGACCAAAUGUGAGCAGGAGGAGGAGGAGGAUGCCUUAAAAUAUGUCCGGGAGAUCUUCUUUACUUAACUUUAAAGCAUAAGCAGAUAAUGCCUUAUUUGAGACUGUGGCAAUUUGGACACAUGAAAGUCAGACAAUUGGUUGCCUAUCCCUGUUCUGUAAAGGAUUGCUAAGCUAAUGUUGGUGAAGCACUUAAAAAAAGGAGUACAGAACUGGUAGAUAAGAUAAAAUGCUUCCAAUGGG